AUGACUGAUCUAAACUGCAACGACCUCAAUGCGACCGAAUGCCUUCUACGUGUUACCGCCAGCAUACUCGAACAGCUGAAGGAAGACAGCAGCGCUUUCAACUGGGAUCCUGCUAGUUUCGUGGUUACCCUCGUCAUCGGCAUCAUUGCAGCUGCCUUUGCUUUCUUUGCCAUCAUUCAAGGAUUUCUAGCAGCUGGUCCAGGUAGACAUAAAUGCAGCAAAUAUGCUAUUGGUACCUGGGCUACUCUCUCUAAACGCAAGUUCGACUGGUCUGAGUUGCGUUAUCGCUCAAUCGCUCAAACGCCUGUAAUCAGGAUCCAAAACCUGCUCGAUAAAAUGAAACCACCGCGGGAUGGCGCAUCCACUCGCCUGGAGUGGAAUGAAGAUCGUUUUCACCCCGACCUAGUCUUUUCAAAACUUCAACCCAUCAAAAAAGAAACCUCUGAUUAUUUCCCUGCAACAUGGCUUCGCCUAUUGACUCAUGCCGGAUUACACCAUCCAGAGUUAUGGGAGACAAAUCCACAAGGAACAGACUACUUGCCGUCCGACUUAGCAGCUGCUCCUGCUUAUUCAACCAUUGCUGAUUUAAUAAUUGUUGCGUCAAUCACGGCUGGCAGAAUACAAUUUAAUUCAACCGGUCAGGAUAUUGCGAACAAAGCUUCCAUACAGGGGGAAUACCUGGAUCUCAAUUUUCGAAGCCAUCCUCUUCUAGGCGUGUAUGCUGCAAUUGACCAAGCUCGUCCAUUUAAGAACGACUUAUUCAAAGACUAUAUGAGGGGGAUGUACGAUCGCCCACCCGCAAACAAGCUACUCGCCAAAGUAGCGUAUGGUCAAGGUUGUCUACAAAGUGUUAGACAUUUAACUGUUCCCUCAUUCAUACAUACCCCCCCUAUCCAGUCGGUCAGGUGGUCUGCCGAGAGGAUGGAGAUUAUCUCGGUAUCUUUGAAUCGUGCAAUCUAUAGGUCUAGAUGCGGCUGUGAAACGAGGCGUAUUUCCCAAGAAGAAGUUGUCCGAAAUCACCGAAAAGUAAUGUUCGAAUGUUGCUACGCUGAAAGAUUAGGAGCCUUCGAUUGCGACUAUGAGGAGUAUGACCCUUUGAAAAUUGGCGAUGGAGAUAUAUCGAUACUUGCAGCUGCUGUACCGCGCACAAGAAUCAAUCUCUUUCCCAAAAGACUGGCGAACAUUGGUGAUAAAUUUAUUUUUCUAGUAAUUCAGAGUCGUUAUUGCAUGAAAGCGGACGUCUCUCUCCGCGAGAACAUGAUUGGCGGAGGUGGACCAGGAACGAACACUGCUCCAGGAUUGGGAAGACAGAGUCGCCGGGGUUUCCGAGUGGACAAAAACCUGAAGGACUACUCAUUUAAGUACACGAUUAGCCUGGGAAGGCCAGAGUCGAUUCGUACAACCCGAAUGUAUUUCAUUGACGACAAUAUGAUACGGGGAGAAAUUGAUCGUAUUGACUCAUGGAUUGAAGAUAAUGAGCAGAAUGAUUUAAUGGUCUGUCGGAUCAAGGCCCUUGCUUUCACCACGGCAACAUGUAAGCAAAUGUACCAAGGAACACAGGGAGUGCGAAGGUGGCCAACCGAGUGCGACAUCACGCGAGAAGAACGCGGCAACAUUGACGAGACGAUUAACAGCCACGGUGAAAUUACCCCUAAUUCCUUAUCGUCUAUCACCAACCUGAUUUCACUUCAGGUUCGCAAACUACAGGACUAUGAUCAUAAUCGCCAAUCUGAAAUGCUAUCAGUGGAUGAGUAUUUUACCAAUUCUUGCAAAGGGAAAGAAGGGUUAUCGGAGUGGGCACCCGGCGGGAGGACCUUCCGAUUUCUAGAAUAUAUGGAGAACAUUAUGGAGCUCUGGGAGAAGGAUGGGGAUAGUUUCAAGUAUCCGACCGAGCAAGUCCAGCAUUAUCUGGACGAUCUUCUUGUCUACCGCGCCACCUUGAUCUAUAUGUUGCUCUCACAGGCAGCAGACAACAGCCAUAUUCUCAGUAACCCUGAGUACUACAAGCUUAUACCUGUAAUUUAA